UUUUUUCGCAACGGGUUUGCCGCCAGAACACAGGUGUUGUGAAAACCGCCCAUACAAUCCAAAAUGGGGAAGGAAAAGACUCAUAUCAACAUCGUCGUCAUUGGACACGUAGAUUCGGGCAAGUCCACCACUACCGGACAUCUGAUCUACAAAUGUGGUGGCAUUGACAAGAGAACCAUUGAAAAAUUUGAGAAGGAGGCAGCUGAGAUGGGAAAGGGCUCCUUCAAGCAUGCCUGGGUCUUGGAUAAACUGAAGGCUGAGCGUGAGCGUGGUAUCACCAUUGACAUCUCCCUGUGGAAAUUUGAGACCAGCAAAUACUAUGUGACUAUCAUUGAUGCCCCAGGACACAGAGACUUUAUCAAAAACAUGAUUACAGGCACAUCUCAGGCUGAUUGGGAAAAAGAGAACCCAGCCAUACCGUCCAAGGAGAUCUUAACUGGAGUCAAAGCUCAGGGAGCACUGAGAGGACAUGGUAAGCUGGAUACAGCGUAUGAUCCAGAGCAAGGAUUCUGA